AAAGUGUUCUUUUAUAUUAGGAGACUUGAAAGUUCCAAAAAUGGAUUGUCAAUUGUUACUGCCAACCACAGAAUGGGAAGCAGAGCUUUGUCUCUUCUCAGAACAACGAACCAUGGCGUCUCCAACUCGAGAAGAAGAAGCAGCUUUUCUAAAUCGUCUACACAGAAAUGGGUACGAAACUACUCGGUUCGGUCUGGUCUUGAGCCUCUUGAUGUGCCUCGUUUGGCUGAAACCGCUCGCAUCUCUCUCCCCCCAGGUGAGGUUGAAGAGAUUGCUCCCAAAAUUCGACAAGUGCUAGACUGGUUUGGACAGCUUCAAGAGGUUGAUCUUCAGAGUAUUGAGCCAGUCGUCAGGGCAGGAUGUUUCUUGUUAGGACUCAAGCAAAUCCUGAGGAUGGAAAGCAAGUGGAUUCUCAUCAUUUGGAAGAUGCGUGGAAUAUGCUUUACAGUGAUUGCCUCUCUGCUCUUGAAAUUUGUGUGGAAGGGGACCUUAAACAUUUUCAUAAGGCCAGAUAUAUGCUUGCUCAAGGGCUGUACAGAAGGGGUCAGACUGAAGAUCUGGAGAAAGCAAAGGAUUAACUUUCCUUUUGCUUUAAGUCAACUCGCUCUUCCUUCACAAUUAACAUGUGGGAGAUUGAAAAUAUGGUCAAAAAAGGAAGGCGCAAAACACCAGGUCUUUCUGGAACCGAAAAGUUCUCGAAGUUAACUUGGCCGAGAGUUCUCGUAAAUUCAUCAUUUGUAUUUGGAAAGUACAUUCUGCUCUACUUGAAACUGUUUUUUUUUUUUUUUUUCGAUAAGUAAAAAUUUUAUAAAAAAACGCUCUAUUUGAAACUGUUGGAGGAGACCGGAGACAUCUGUACCCUUGACGGAGCUUAUAUCUCUAUAAGGGUGGAUAAGAGGAUACAAACUUGUCAAUCCUUUUGAAAUUUGAGUACUCUAAUUUUUAUUGCAUGUACUGUUAAUAAUAUUGCCAGACAAAAUACAUCUAAGGCCUUUUUCUUUCGAAAGGUGGAUUCAGUGUUCUCAUUGCUCUUUGGAGCAGAAGAAAAGCAAUAUGUAGUUUUAUAAUCACCCAAAUAAAGAAAGAUGGCUUUCUUUACAGUUCAUUUAUUACUUUAGCAAUCAUGAUUCAUUUCUAUCAGAGAAUUGGUGUUUCAGUGGAACUUUUGUCAAAGAAGCAUAUUUAUAUUUUUGGAAUUACUUUAACUUCUCUACAUUGAGAGUUAAAAAGAUAAUUUUUUUUAUAUUUUUUAAAAGGAAAAUUUUGAAUAAAUUUAAUAAUUCAUAUAAAAAAUGGAGAGAAAAUAUGAUGCUAUCUCCUCCCCCUCUCCCUCCAAAUUUACUUAUAGAAAGUAUGAAGUGGAACAAAAUUAUUGCUGGUGACUUAAUUUUAGUGUCUAAUUAUAAAAAAUUGUUUUUUGAAACUUUGAACCUUAGGCAAAAUGUAAAAGUUUGACCACACUUUGAAGUUCUAAAAGAAAUGUGGAAAACGUGGGACGAAAUGGUGUUUGAAAAGGAUUAUUGGUAGAAACUUUGAAAGAAUCACAUGGUCAGAAGGGAAUAUAAAAAAAUGAUGGUUUCCCUUGCAACUUUAACCGAGGAGCUUAUGUUGUAGGAUUUUCUAUAGUUAGGCACGGGGUAUGUUAAAAUAUUAUAAUGAUUGCAGUUUUUGUUAUUUAUUUAUUUAUUAUUAUUAUUAUUUGUUGUUGUUGUUGUUGUUGUUAUUGGAAGAGGGCAGGAAUUGGGGGGCACGGUAGCAGAUAUGCAGAUGACGGAUCCUGCCGUAGGUGCCCAAAGACUGUCAUAAAAAAUAAAAAUAAAAUGUAGAUAGACUAGAAAGGAUCUACAAGAUCCAAAGUCACGGGACUUUUUUUAGGGCCAUGGCGCUUUUUUGUUUUGCCCUUUCCCAACACAUCUGCCAGUGACUAUGGAUGGAACUUUGGUCUUUGAAACUUUUACCAAGAAAAUGAGGCUGUCAUUACCAUUCUACUGUUACAUGGAAAUCAGCUAUAGCUAAACAUCCUGUUUCUUGAUAGCGUUCACCAUCAAAACAAUUAAUACUUUAUCUCUAUUGUAUAUCCAGUUCUCCUUGUGCCGUGAAGAUCUAGUUCCAGUAACUCUUGGGAGGUACAUUAAAGCCCUAAUUUCAUCCGUCCAUCGAACCGAGACUGUUGGCUAUGGUGCUGCAAGCAACCCUCCUGAGCAUAUUCUAGAAAAAAAUGUUCUCUUUAUUCAUGGAACAGAUGAACUUAUGGUCAGAGAUAUGCAGUUUGCCUGAGAUCAAGUGCCCAGAAUUAUCAGAGAGCAGCUUAUAUGGUCGAAGAUGAAAAAAGGAACUGGAAGUUCUACCACGCCCACAAAUACAAGUGCUCCCACUGCUACUACUACUCAUACAGUUGGCGGGAAAGAUGGAGCAAGUAAAUGCAGUGAAGCAGAGGUUGCUCCAUCCACUAAUAUGGCAUCUGCUGGUUUGCCUAAAAGUGAGAGUGCACACAUUAUGGCAUCUACUACCUUGCAUGAAAGUGAGGGUGCACGGACUCUGGCAUCUGCUUCUAUACCUGAAGGCAGGAGCAGGCAUGGCCGAAGCAUUACUUCUUCCGGUGAUAGCCAAAGGAUUUUAUCAGCCACUCAGCAUCUGCUGCUUCAUUGUAGUAACACUACUGCAGAAAGGAGCAAUGUGGACGUGCAAGAUGAGACAGAUCCUAAUAAAGCUUGACUUCUUCAUUGUCAUGUAAAAUUUUCUUUUAAUUUGAUAAAUCUCGAUUUGCAGCAAAAUUGCCCCAUAUGGGUAUUGUUGGGUAUUGUUGUGUAUUGUAAAAGGAAAAAAUGUACUUGUAUCUGUUAGGUGGAAUAGCUUCUUUGAAACCAGAGAGCCCGCAGUUUGUAUAGUUGGAAUCAUUUCAGUUUUCAUAUUUACAUGUUACAAGAGCAUUUAUAGCAUUGUGUUGGGACU